GGAGUUCUCAUUUCUCUUCUGCAAGCCUUUUCACCAGACACUGCCUCGCUCGCUAGCCUAUUCUGAUUCUCAACGGCAAUGUCAGUCCCACCACUAGUGCUCACGACCGAGCACUCCCCCGAUACACCUUCCAAGGGAAUACUUAAAAGAAGACCCGCCGCACCAACCACAUUACAACGUUCAUCAUCCUGGCUGGCCACUUUAAAUUCUCGACUUGGAUCUGCAAUACACGGAACCACUGAAUCCCCGCCGGCUCUAGGCAUAGUGGAAUCCAAAGAGGUCGGUUAUCCAGGAAAACUUGUACGAUCACAAACAGUUGGUUCAGUGCCUUUUCAAGUAUCAAAAUUGCCUGUUGCUCCAAAGCUGGCUUUGGAAGGAGCCGAACUGAAACGAGUCCGUUUCUCGGUGGUGCAACUCACGCAGGUGCAAUUCUAUGACUGCCAACAAGACGACUUAGGCAACGGGAUAGAGGAGAUUAAUCGAAGCUCGACAGCUAAGGCAGAUAACAAUAUACCAAAAAUUAAUCAGAGAUAUUCUUCGUUACCAAAACUCUACCAAAUACCGUUGUCCCCAACCGAUAGUCGUAUGCAACAUGUUGUGCCGGCGCCCAACACUUCUCAAAACUUACUCGAAAUAUACCACACCUCCUGUCGAGCACGUGAAGAGUCAGUGCUUCCAAUUGUUCAAGCUAUUUUAGAGUCCAAAAAAAGACCGCAAGACCUGAAGCAGAUGAACUUAUCCCGGAACUCAAUCAGCCAUUUCGCUUCUGAACCACUCUCUGAUAUACUAAGUCUAGACACAGGCUUAUUGUUUCUAGACCUUAGCCAUUGCGAUUUAACUGAUGCUCCUCUCAAGAUCAUCCUACAUAGUUUGCUUGUUAACGAUAAGUUACGAUCUUUGGCACUGGCUGGCAACAAAAAACUCACCUCCGCUGGAUACACAUACAUUUCUAUAUACAUCAGCAAAUCCCGCUCUAUCAAAUAUCUCGACCUCUCCUCCAAUACCAUUGACAAAAAAUCUGCAAACAGUCUGUCGGAAUCACUAAUGUUGGCUACGUCGUUGCAAACUCUCAUGCUGGAUUCAUGUUAUCUGUCACCGGCCAUCCUUGAUAUCUUUAGCGAUGCUAUACGCACAUCGGUCAGCCUGCACGAAGUAUCUUUGCGAGGAAACGAAUUCAACAAAAAAGCUUUUCCACCUCUCUGUUCAAUGCUAGAAAUACCACUGGCACCAAAGGAACUUUUGGAUUGUAGUGGGUUGGUGACCUUGAAUUUGAGCGGAAAUGACCUCCGUCACGGAAUUCGACUGCUUUCCAAAACCCUCACGCAGAAUAACCAGUUGCAAACACUGAACCUUCAAAAUUGUCAUUUGGAUAGCUCUGCAUUGGUUCCACUUGCCGAGGCGUUGAAAUCCAAUACUGCACUGAAGAAAAUUGAUUUGAGCCAUAAUCCACUCAACACACCGCAUCAGGACGGAGUGUAUGCGUUGAAGCUUGCUCUCUUCAUGAACCGCUCAUUAACGGAUAUUAGUAUGGCCAAAUGUAAUCUACAUUCCGAAGACGCCAUCGCGAUCGCUGAGUGCCUCCCAGAAAACAAUGUCCUUUCUCGGUUAGAUCUUUCCGGUAACCCUGCAAUUGGCAUUGCAGGAUUACUGGCCCUUUCGGUUUCCGUCAAAAUGAGUACUGCCUUGACCUUCCUGGAUAUCGCUAUUCCGCUGAAUGAUCCAGAUAUGGCUCAUCUGCAGAAUGAUAUCGUUAGUGCAUGCACGAGAAACGCACAAGCUAUGUAUGAUUCUGUUGGAAAAGAAAGCCAGAACUCGUUGACAGCAGGGAAUUCUUGUGAUACUCGAGCUUCAACGCCAUCCAUGGAGCAGGUGACGGCAAGUGUACAAGUCAAGGAAGCAAACAACACUCAAGAGUCCGAAGCUCAGGAACCAUCUUUAGACAUGCUCAUAAACAACAUCAAUUCCUGCGCUCAUGAUUUGACAGCUACCAUAGACCAGUAUCAUGCUUCUGGAAAAGAAAUCGUUGACGACAAUCUCCAUAAGCUUUACGUGCAAUGUCAAGAUAUACAAAGUGUGUUACUGAAACACUUGAUCCAAGAUGAUGAUGAAACGGAGAGUUUAGCUGAGGCAGCCACACAUCUCAACGAAGCUAUGAAAAGCUACCAUCAGUUUGUAGCUACAUCCAAAAUUAACAAGUCUUCACAAGCUGGCGUAGAUGCAGAACUUGCCAAACAGAUACAAAUGGAGAAGCUCAAACGCGAAAAACAAAUCGAAGAAGGAGAAGCGUUCAGGACAGGCUGAAGUCUCAGGUUUUAGCAUAAUGUAAUCUUUUCUCACAAACAUUAGACUGGUAUGGCGGGCAGACCUAUCCAGAUGGCUGCAUAUUAAAAAACUUGUAGCUCUGCACACAGUAUUACUGGAUGA